AUAUUUAUAAUUCCGACUUGAACUGUAACCUCAAGAUAUGCUGUUGUUCCAUUUUUAUUAAUCGAAUUGUUGGUUCUUCAAAUGUAUAGUAUUUGCACUUUUGUAGUGACACGCGACUAGUUUCAGAAUAAGGAAGAGGUCGACAUGAAACUUUCUACGUCAAUUCAAAUUUUCGUUUUAUUAUCAUUUUAUUUUCUGACAGCAGUAUACGCAUUGAAAUGUUUUCAGUGCAAUUCCUUCGAUAAUCCUGAGUGUCUCACACUAAAUAGCAAUGAUACUAACUCUGCACACUACAAAGAGUGUCCAAAAUCGAAAAAUGCAACAUUCUGUAGGAAAAUAUACCAACAAAUUGACAAUGAGGAACAGACCGAGAGAGUACGACGUAGCUGUGGGUGGAUAGUCCACAACGAGGCGAAGGAUCAUUGUUGGAGAUCAGAUACGGAUUUCAAGAAAGAAAGAAACUGUCAAUGUUUCGAUGAUGCCUGCAACUCUUCAUCUAGACCUGAAUACAUGCUACAUGCUUAUCUAUUUGCUGUGAUUGUUUUCUUGAUUUAUGUAUAAAAAUAUCGAAUAUAAUAUGUGAAAAGUU